UGGCCUCCGCUGCCGCAGCGGACCAAUGAGGUGCGGCCACGCGACCGGAAGGGGUGGGGCGAAGCCGGCGCGCGACUUCCUGUCAGUGGGGGUGAGGCGGCGGCGGCGGCAGCAUCUCGGGGCUCCGCGCUCCGCUCCCGCCGGGCUGGGCCGGGCCAUGUCGGCCAAGCAGGGCGGCCGGCAGCGCCGCCCCGGCAGCCACCCGCACUGCCUGGAGGCGCCGGCGCCGCUCGGGGCCGGCCUGGCGGGCGGGGAGGCCGAGGCGCUGCUGCUGCCGCCACCACCACCGCCGCCACCACCCGAGCUGGGCCCGGCGGCGCCGCGGGGGUGCCGCGCGGAGCUGGGCAGCGUGCUGCUGCUGCUGGCGCUGUACGUGCUGCAGGGCGUGCCGCUGGGGCUGGCGGGCAGCGUGCCGCUCAUCCUGCAGAGCCGCAGCGCCAGCUACACGGAGCAGGCCUUCUUCAGCCUGGUGUUCUGGCCCUUCAGCCUCAAGCUGCUGUGGGCGCCGCUGGUGGACGCCGUGUACGUGAGGCGCUUCGGGCGCCGCAAGUCGUGGCUGGUGCCCACGCAGUACGUGCUGGGGCUCUUCAUGAUCGGGCUGUCCCGCCGCGUGGACGCGCUGCUGGGCGACGGGCAGGGCCGCGGCCCCGACGUGGUGGCUCUCACCGCCACCUUCUUCCUCUUCGAGUUCCUGGCGGCCACGCAGGACAUCGCGGUGGACGGCUGGGCGCUCACCAUGCUGUCCCGGGAGAACGUGGGCUACGCCUCCACCUGCAACUCGGUGGGCCAGACGGCCGGCUACUUCCUGGGCAACGUGCUCUUCCUCGCCCUCGAGUCGCCCUCCUUCUGCAACAAGUACCUGCGCUUCCAGCCCCAGCCCCGGGGCAUCGUCACGCUCUCAGAUUUCCUGUUUUUCUGGGGAGCCGUCUUCUUGGUUACUACUACGCUUGUUGCCCUCUUGAAAAAGGAAAACAAAGAAUUAACACCAACAAAGGAAGAAACAAAAGGCAUCACGGAUACAUACAAGCUGCUCUUCUCAAUAAUCAAGAUGCCAGCAGUUCUCACGUUCUGCCUCCUGAUUCUCACAGCAAAAGUUGGAUUUUCAGCAGCAGAUGCUGUAACGGGACUCAAACUGGUGGAAGAAGGAGUACCUAAGGAGCACCUAGCUCUGCUGGCGGUUCCAAUGGUUCCUGUGCAGAUAAUAUUGCCUCUGAUUAUCAGCAAGUACACAGCAGGCCCCCAGCCGCUGAACACCUUCUACAAAGCGAUGCCUUUUAGGUUACUGUUUGGGCUGGAAUUUGCUUUUUUGGUAUGGUGGACUCCUAAAGUGAAACACGAAGGAGGAUUUCCUGUCUACUACUACGUUGUAGUAUUGUUGAGUUAUGCUUUACAUCAGGUCACGCUGUAUAGCAUGUACGUUGCAAUAAUGGCUUUCAAUGCCAAGGUUAGCGAUCCGCUGAUCGGAGGAACCUACAUGACACUCCUCAACACGGUGUCCAACCUGGGCGGGAACUGGCCGUCCACGGUUGCGCUCUGGCUCGUUGAUCCGCUCACGGUGAAGGAGUGCGCAGGGGCCCAGGGGCAGGCCUGCGGAACUCCAGCUGCUGCAGAACUCUGCACGAAAGCCGGCGGUUCCUGCGUUACUACCUUGGAUGGUUACUACGUGGAAUCUGUCAUCUGUGUCAUUCUGGGAUUUGCCUGGUGGUUCCUAUUCGGGCCCAAAUUAAAAAAGCUGCAGGAUGAAGGACAAUCUUCGUGGAAGUGCAAGAGGACCAAUUGAUGUGAUUGCAAUAUUGGACGGACUAGCCAGGUUAUUUUAGUUUUAUUACAGAGACACAUCCCAUAACCAAUGAACAGAAUAUAGGUAUUUUAAAUGCCAAGUUGCUGGAAAAAACGGGUGGCUGAGACAGUGGUAUGUGCGUGUGAUACCACUCGCCUUCCCAACAUGAGAACACAAGUUGAGACACUAAUGAGAAACGGCACCUGUGUGCUACGUGUCCCCAUGCUCUAGCUUCAGAGCCAUGGCUUCUGGUACAACCAACAUCCAAACUUUCCAUAUAGUAACUGUGGAAAAGCUGCUUGUGCCACGUUUACCUAAACAGCAGCAUUGUUAGCUGAGUUCCAACUGUUGAUUCCUGAACAGGCAGCUCUGGCACGGGCAGCUGACCUGGGGAAGGAUGUGAAAGGCAUUUUGACUUGUAGGUGAAGCACAUUGUACUGCGGAAUUCAUCGUGGGAAGAGAAAUGUAAAAUGUCCGUGGGCUUUGUUUCUUCUCGCUUCCUGGACUGUAACCACAUUUCAAAGGAUGAAAUAAUGUUUCAGAGAUUCUUUUAAAUGUAUUUUCAGGCUUUUAUAAGCUUUAAAGAUUUAUAAGAGAAUAUUUUUAUAAACAAAGCUACAUUUAAUUUAUUUCCUCUGUUUCAAAGCAUUUUGAUUUACAUUCAGGAUUCUUUCUUGAGGAAAAAUUGAUGUAAAGGAGGACUUAAGAGUAACGCACAAUACUCUGAGCAUUGAGUCCUGGAGGUGUAAACUGCGUAGUGUAGCAGCUAGCGCACAAAACACAGGCGUUGGAAGGAGAAGGCAUGCGGUCCUUCUGGAGGCAGAUGUUAUUUGAUGGAAUGAAGUGGUAGUGCUGGUUCCUCUGUCGCUAAAAUUUGAACAGAUUAAAGAUCAGUGUGGGGAAAAAAUGCCUCUCUUCCCAGCCAGGGGUAAGAAAAGAAGAUCAGUGCCUUUGAAAGUGCUCUGGUGAUGACAGACUUGCCAAAUUCCCAGUGAGUUGAUGUACAACUUGCUGUUGUGUAAUGCAAACGAGUUACAUCCUGUGGUAGAGCUGCUAUAGAAAUUUAUUUCUGAUCCUUGAUAGUGGAAAUUUCCUGUUGCAUUUAUCAAGAAUGACUUCAUUCCUGAGUGCCUUAGUGAUGUACAGCAAGUACACUGUACGCCUAGAGAAGGGGCACUUGUAUAUUGGUGGAUGUAUAUUGUACAUCAUUAUUAAAAAUAUAUAUGAAAAUACCUUUGAAAGGUACGUGAUUUUCUUUUCAGUUCUCUAUUUCUUGCCUUGUCAAUACUGGAAGUAUUGCACCAUGACCUUCAUGUUCCUAGCUCCUGGUGAGACAGGUUGUGGGGCUUUUGUUACUGUAUGCUUCAGCAAAAGGUAAAUUAUACCAGGGGCAGGCUGCAGGGGAGAUCACAUGUGCACAAAGCAUCUGUGUGACCUUGCGAGUAAGAAGGUGCUGGAAGAGGACAGUGACCAAAUGCUGCUUGGCUACUGGAGCCUGUUUGGCUCUUCUGUCCCUCCUCAAAGCUUCAGCCUUCAGCAGCUGGUAGGAAGCCAAGCCCAGGGCUGCAGCACCCAGCUGAUUUCCCCCGGCUGUGAUCUGUGGUCCAGCAGCAGCACACUCAGUUUGUUUCAAGGACAGCAGGAUUAGCAAAUCAAGCUGAAUAAAAGCACAGUUUUUACUCCCCAGGCUAAGUCUUCCAACUAUGUCUCUGCAUAAGCACAAGAGGAAUCUGAGACUUGUAGUCAGAAGUGGGUGUAUCUUUGCUACCAGAUUCAGUGUGCAUGAGGCAUUUUGGAUCUGUUGGUGCUAUAACAAGGAGCUGCGUAUUUCCAUAGCAGCUUGUCCAGACCUGGAGUGUUUUUUCAACCUCUGGCUUUGAGGGAGAUCUUCUAGGAAAUUAAAUUCAUAAAUGUUUUACAGUUGGCUUUUACUUUGCAAUUUUGUUUCAAUAUUUCUGAAGGUGCCAGUGUAACCUGUUCUAAUAAAAAUGCCUUGGGAAUUGCUGAAGUGAUACAUGAAAUGAUUUCAACAGCAACAUUAAACUCCAAUUGUUACAUGAAA